UUCAUGAACUUCCAGUGUCUGGGCAGCUUCUGGUCACUGAUUUCCCUCAGCGAGGCAGGCUUGUGAAAAACAAGAGGUCUGGGUCUUGAAUCCCUUCCCCUCUCAUCUUUGGGCAGCCCAGCUAAUGAGCGAGGGAAGACGCUCUGGCUGCUGGGCAGAGCUGGGCUGCCGGAGAGUCAGGGUUCUCUCCCAUUCCUGGGGAGGCCUGAAGAGCAAACAGCCGGGACGCGCGGAGAGCGGAAGAUGAGCAGUGAUGACAGCAAAUACAAUCAUGAAAAGAAGUUUUAAAACUACACAUCCUAAAAUCCAUCAAAGCAGGCACCUGCAGCCCCCACUGUCAUAACAGAAAAAAAGUCCCACCUUGUAAUUGCAUCUGGUCAACAGGAAGCUCUAGUUUUGUGGGAAGAGGGCUACAUCUAACCCUUCCAGAAUCAUCACCCAGAGGUGCCCACUGGCUGACCAGGGACAGUCUUCCCAGUUGGCAGACGAUGCAGGGGAACAAGAAGUGUACUGAUGGGUUCAGCGACUCCUCAAGCAUAGGCAGUGUGCUGGACGAUGCAGACAGGGAGGUGAGCAGCCUCACGGACCGGGCUUUCCGAAGCUUGUGCAUCUCAGAGGACACAUCGUUCAAUGACCCUGACCUGGCCCUGUCCCCGGAUAUCACCCGCCAGGUGUUUGGGAAUUUCCACCAGGAAACAGUGAGCCACACCCACAGGAAAAGUGGCAUUUGGAGCCAGUUACCAUCACAAGGCACUGAGCAUGCAGGCUGGGCGGCAACCUUCCAACAGCUACCUAAGUAUGUUCAAGGAGAGGGGAAAUACCCCAAAAGCAGCCCCCCAUUGACACCAGUGCAGCAGAGACUGGAGGUGCCAGUUUCCGGCCUGAGAAGCAGCAACAAGCCUAUUUCCAAAGUGUCAUCACUAAUUAAAUCUUUCAACAGGACAGAGAACCAACGUUGUGACAGCAGGCCUCCUACCAGCAAGCCUCCAGCUCUCAAAAACCCCCCUAAAUUUGCUCCUCUUCCGGAAAGUGGUAUCAACUUCUGCUUUGAUUCUGCCUUUUUGACUGUGAGGAGGGUGCCCGCUGAAGUCUCCAGCACCCACCAGAUCAGCCACCAGCCUGGCAGGAGGCACAGUGAGCAGGAGUCCCCCAAGAGUUCCGAGAUCGCCUGUCAUGACAUGAGCAGCUUCCUCCCAACUCCGGAAAAUGUGGCCAACUCAUUUGAGUCGAAGUUCCUCUCUCUGCCCCACAAGCCAGCCAAGGGGGAGCCUGGGAAAGGCAAGGAGUGGACUCACAAAGGGACCUUUCUUCAUAGUGAAAACAGUGCUUUUGAGUCAUGGAAUGCCCACCAGCCAAGGUUGCCCGAGAGAAAGGACACUGCUGACUCCGUCCCAGAAAGCGAAGCCCCCAGACAUUAUGGGGACUCGCCCUUGUUAGAUUCCCAGGCACCUGAGCACAGAGUCUCUCCCUGCCAAGUCCAGGCCAGCUGCAGCCAGGAGGAGAACAGGCUCUCAGCAGGAGCUCUCUCCACACCUGCACCCUGGGGAUCGAGGGAUCUGGGAGCCCAGGUAUUUGCCACAGAGGGAAAAGCUUCCAGCUCACAGCCUGACCCUCAGGUGAAGCCAACCCAGCCCCCAUGGAGGAAACCAAAGCCUAGCAAAGGAAGGAAAGAAAGUGUACAAAAUGCUUCCGAGGAGAAAAAGCAGACCAACAGGAGAGGCCCACCCUUACAUACAAAGCACAAUCCCCAGGGGCAAUUUCCAGAAAAUGGUGCUCCUGACAUGACCGUGGACCCCAAUGAGUAUUACAAUCCUCCUUUCAACAUCAGUAAGCUUCUGACCCCUGUCAUACCCACCAAGCACAUCCUGGACUCAUCCGACCCCCAGCCAGCAGAGAUAACCCCAUCACCCCCAGGACAGAUAAACGGAUACCAAGAGAAGGAGCCAGGUGAAUGUCAGUCUCGGGACAGCUACAAAUCCAAAGCCCCAAGCCUGCUAUUCAACCUCAAGGAUGUGCGGAAGCAUGUUAAGAGCACAUAUAGCCCCUCACCUCUCUUAAAAGGUGUUGAUGACAAAACCAGAGGUAAGCAAGAACCCAUGAUCAACGGUGUUAUCCUUCCCAAUGGGCUUGAGGAAAGCCCCCCAAAUGAGAUUUCUGAGAGACCAGCUGAUGCCCCUUCUGGAUUGCAUGUCAGCACCCAGAAAGAACCCAGAGCCAACCCCGAUGCAGACAACACAGACAACUGUCUAACUCUGAGCUCACCUCCAGACAUCGCCAAAGCCCCCUCCUGUGUCAAUGGGGAGACCGCUUACGGGAACAGCUAUAAGAAGAGCGAUGCCAAUGGAGAAUUAGAGAUGGUUGCCACCAGGUCCAGCUGGGGUCCAGACACCAGGGAUCACUGCCUCAGGAAGCAGUGGUCCCUGAAGCUGUGCAGCAGAGAGCCAGAACCAGGGAAGGUGGAGGAGAAACCAAAGACCCCCAGCCUAGAAAAGAGGCUCUCAAGAUCAGUCUCUCAAGAGACAGAACCCGAGGGAGAGGCAGGACUUCAGAAUCCAAACAUCAACCAGAAAUUCUCCCCUGGGCCCCUCUCUCUGGAGGAGGAAGAUGUGUUUUAUAGUGACAGCCAGUCUGAUUUUAUGCCAGGCUUCAAAAGUAAAGCCAAAUUCAGCACCAGCUCUUCAGAUCAGUCGUUUGCCUCAUUCGAGGACCCACAGAAGAUGUGGUUCACCGAGAGCCAGCAGGAAGACAGGAGGAAUGACGUGGGUGCAGGUAACAGUGAGAAGCAGAAAGUGAUGAGAAAGGAGCUCCAGUACCGUGCCUUAAGUAAUGGGCAUGCGUGCAUGGAGGAGCCCAGCAGGAUGGAAUCACUGCAAGGAGAAGGGGAAAGUCUGUCUGGAGGUAGACCCAGGAAGGCUUCAAGGGAGGAAGCUAAUUUCAAAGGCGCAUGGAUCGGAGGAAGUAAGGAUACAAACCUUUCACAUGCCAAAGACCUUACCCCCUCACCAUCUUCCACUUCAAACAAGCACAUUCUGUUUGCAAUUAAAGACAACACCCUCAGGGCCACUCCUGUGAUAAAGCCCAUCAUGCUGCCCCUCCUGAGGGCCUUGUCCUCAGAGGACUCUCUCGUCAGUGGCCACAAAGAGGAGGAAUUGCCAAGGCCAGGCUGGGGUGAGGAUGCAGGACUCUGUGCCCCUGAGAGCCAGGAAAUGCCCAGCACCCCAACACCUGUUAGCAUGCAGGGCACACACUGGAAGCACACAACCUAUGAGGGCACAGAGGACCACAGGCAGGUGCCCAGAGUGGCCAGGACAGACACCUCCCAGCCAGCCCCAAAGAGAAAUGUCCAGUCUCCUCUGGUGGGGGGAGAGGGCGAAGGGCUGAAGCCACCCUUGGAGACAGCAUAUAAAGCUGUGGCCAAUGACAGCAAGCAGGGUUCCACAGACCAGGCGAAGCUGGAUGUUCCAAGGCACAUCCCUACGAUCACUUUGCCGCAAGGUGACCUAGAUGACCAGCCACCCCCAAAACAGCUGGAAGCCUGUUGGAAAGAGCCAACAGAAGAUUUCAAAAGUCACUUUUUGUCUAUCUUCAGAACAGAGCCCCAGGGCAGAAGAUUGGUGUCUGGUGAGAUGACAACUUCCCCCAAUGCCAGCUCCCUGGAGGAGAAUAGUGUAUGCUCCCCUGCUGCCAACAGCAUGUGGGACCAUGCUUCCCAGACCCCCAGAGAGCUGGGCCUACUGCCCGGGGAACCUCCCCACACCAGCCCCUGGGCCAGCUCCUGCCCUGCAAGGGGCACCCGGAGGGAGGACCUGACACAUGCCCUCACAUGGGAGGCCAGCUCUGACCCCCAACUUGAGCCAUUAACAGAAGAUCUCAGGACGCUUUCUCCAGGAGGCUCAUUGAUGGACACAGCCACCAGUUCAGCAGGCCUCCCUGAGAAACCAGAGCCUCCUGCUCAGCUGGAGAGGGCAGCUGGCAAGCCACCUGCAGUCCCACCCAAAACAGAAAAGGCCCUGCGGCGGGCAAAGAAGCUGGCAAGCAAGCGGAAAAAGCCUGACCAGUGGCAGAAGCACGGUGAACCCCAGGAGGAAAAGCCCUGCCUGGGGGACACAGAGCAUAGACCGCUGUCCCCCGAAGAGAGGCCCCGGUCCAGGUUCCCUGUGGUCCGUUCCCUGCCCCCUCCUGUGCACCGCCACUCAGUGUCUGUCUUCUCAGAGCCAGUCAGGGGGCAGCCUGGGGGGUCCCAGUCCCUCACGCCCUUGCCCCCUUACCCUGCCACACAGAAGGUCCUUCAAGACCCCCAGUCUGGAGAGUACUUUGUCUUUGAUCUGCCACUCCAGGUGAAAAUCAAAACCUUCUAUGACCCAGAGACAGGCAAAUACGUCAAAGUCCCCAUCCCAUCCUUGGAGGGCAGCUCCCCCGAGCCCUCCCCACCAGAGGCACUGGCUGCCCCCUAUAUGCUGUACCCCCACCUCCAGCCCCUGCCUGUGACAGCCUCGAUGCCGCUACGCUGCUCCUCUCAGCUCUCUGCCCCCACCUUCCUGAGGCGGGGCCCUCACACUGAGCAGACAGCCGGCCCCGGGCCCCAGAGUGCCCUCAAUGCCAGCCUACAGCUGGCCCCCAAACCUCACAGCAGCCCCACCCAGCACUCUGCAGACCAGCACUCUGAUGGGCCUCCCAGGAGCCGAGGGGAGGAGGGGGGAGAUGCUCCAAGCCUGAGCAUCAUCUCCACCAAUGACCUAGAGGACUUUGCCACAGAAGGCAUUUCUUGAGAAUUACAGCUGACUCACCAGUCCCUAUAAACCCAGAAGAGUUUACUUCCCCUUCCCCCAGAUGAACACUUACACACACACACACACACACACACACACACACACACACACACACACACACACACACACUUCAACACAAACUUAGCCAUUUGAGGAUCUGAGGUCCCUAAAGUCUCAGAAGAAGUGAAAGUCCUGAGGAAACCCCAUCUGAAUGGCUCCCUGGUGCUCUUCUCCCUGGGAGGGUGCCGCUUGCAUGCCCUGGGCCCUUCCGAGCCCCUUCCUGUAUCCCGGAUCCCUCCACUUCUUUCCUCCUCCCUGUCCUUCUCUGUCCCUGCCACCAGCGCAGUCUAGCCUGAUUCCUAAAGGCUAUUCUUCUCCAGCACCCCUACCCACUCCUCAAGGACAGGUUUGCCCCCUGAAAGGCUGUGUUGCGCUGAGCCCUGCCUGGCAAGCCGACCACCCAGCACGCCCCCUACCCCCCAGUCUAGGUCAGGCAUGGCACAUGUCUCCCCUCACACAGACAGAGCAGCCAUCUCCAGCUUACCUCCUGCAGCAUUAGCUGAGGACCGACCCAAGGCAACUGUGCAGAAAUGUUUAUUUGAAUAGAAUGGGUUUUCUUUACUAAGGAAACUUUCCUCUGAAGGCUAUUUUCUGAAAAAGAAAAGGCUCCGUUUUAAGAAGUGAAACAAGUUUGUAGAUGUGCUUCUAUCACCAGAAUGCUGUCUUUCUUCUGUGGGCAGUGGCAAGUCUCAGCUGCUGAGCAAAGCAAAGGGCUGUGUGUCCCCCAGGCUUUCCAUCCCGGCCAUAGGGUCUCCACAUCUGAACAGAGCAGCCUUGGCGUCCGCUACAGGCCCAGCGUCCCUCCAGAUCUUCCAGCACCUGCCCAUGCCUUCUUGGGGCCAUGCUCUCCACUAGCACUGGGGACAGAGAUGGGGGGGCCCCAAGCCCACUGCCAAGGAUGGUCCAAGGACCUAAGUCAGGCCCCAACUCUCCUGACUUAAUGACCGGUACCUGUGCCCUGUACUCAAAAGGAAAUAGUAUUUCCCCCAAGUCACUGGCCUUUAGAGAUUUGGAGGAAGAUACUCAAUCAACUCAAGGGAACAGAGAGCAAUAACAACCACCCUUGUACUUCUGGGAGCAGGGAGGGUCUGUGAGCAGAUGCCCACCAUGGGCAACGGUGCUAUGAAGGAAACCCAGCCGGUCCUCAUGGGCUUUCCCCCCAGGACUUCUGCUGAAGCCUUUUAAUUCUUGUGCUGUGGGAAAGACAGGGGGCAAAAGUGUUUCCCACCUCAUUUAGAAAGGGCAGCUGCCAGAACUGUAGUGCCAACACACCAGGGGACCACCCAAAAUGCAUCGUCCUUGUUCUUCUGGCAAAGGUUCUGUUUCCUGGCUGGGAAGAUGGGAAGACAUGUGCUCACCAGGUUCCCAACUCACACAAAUACAGGGACUUGGAGCAUAUUCUGGGUCAUGAUUUGGAUCCAGGAUUUUAUACCUGUAUGUUUUACCAAUAAGCACAGCCACACCUUAAUGUUGUUGUGAAAGUGCUACACAAAUGCCCCAGCUCAGUGCCCUGGUAGGACAGCUAGACAAUUAGUCAGGAAUACAGGCAGACCAUUGGCUGAGAAAUCUGGAUCCACAAGUUACUCACUGGGGUGCAACUGAGGAAAACACAGUUGUGAUCGUGGCUCUGCUACCAGAUGGCUAAGUGUGCUCUCAUCUCGUUUUCAUCUCACUAAGAUAGGAAAAGCAAUGUCUCAUUUUAAAAUUCUCAGGGCGUGGGAAAAGCACUGUCUAACAAAAGAAGAGCCCCUUGGUUAAAAAACAAUCACACUUAUAGCGGCCAUAUCCCAAGGAAAAACAUACAUAGGGGAGUUUAUGUUUGGGGAAGCAGCACCUUCUGUCUUAGAAGUAAUACAAGCAGGGCUAUUGAUGGAGCUAAAAACGUAAUGUAGGUAUUUGUAGAUCAAGGUCAACUUCCUAGUUCUCUUUGACCCUGUAGAUGUAAAAGAGGAACAGGGCCCUUGGCAGAGUACAACAUCCACUCCUUUCAGAGGGUAGGGGUUCCCUGGACACCUGGUCCCCACAAGUCAGCUAGAGGAGGGCCUCCCUCACUUACAGCAAAGUGCCUGUAUUCCUAAGAAAUAGAUAAUGCUUCCAGGGAACGAAAGUCACUGAGGACCAGCUCACUUGCAAACAAUGUUCUCCUGUUUCUGUUCUUACCUGGUGAUUUGUGCCUCCUUCCUCCCUCCCUGACUAUUCCAAACAUUUUCAGAGUCCCUGCUGGGCACUUCACUGGGCACUGAAGGUGUCUUAUACCAUGGUAAUCAGAGCUGUUUUCUGUACCCAAGGAAUUAAAAUCAAACAGAGAAGGAAGACAAUUACAGUCCCAUGUGGUAAGGUGGUCCGAGGAGCAUUUAACUCAGGAAGGAAGGAAAAGGGACUUCCUAAGGGAAAUGGCACCUAAACUGAGUCAGGACAUGUAAUGCAUCUGUUUGCGAAGAAACCAGUAUCUCUUAAGCUUCAGUCUAUCAAAUACAACAUUCAUUAAACAUUGAUAGAUUUGUCUUAGAUAUCAAAGUGUAUUGGUUUAGCUAAUUGUCCAUUAGCAUUUCUAAUUAGCACAAGAAUGAAACCAUUGUAGCCUCCCAGGAUAGACCUUUGUUGACCUGUUCUUCAGCUUCUGAAUUAGUAUUUCACUCAUCUGAGUUGCUCAGAAAAAACACUAUUUUUAGAAAAUCCCCCAUUGUGUUUAAUAGGGUAGUGGUGAGUUGUGAAAACAAAUUGCUUAUGGACAAUGUAAGUCAGGGCCACGCUGCACUUUCUGUUCAGUGUUCUAGCCCUUUGCUAGGAGUUCUGUCCACACUAAGUGUCUCAGGGGAGGGAACAUAAAUGUAGAGUAUUUUGAGGGAACAAUCAAAGGUUUUGGGACUUUAGUGGAAAAUAACCAAGAGCUUACAUUGUCAUGUGCCUGCCUCUGAGCAAGAAGCUCUGAGAAAACUGGCCUCUCUCCUCACAACAAACCACUUUGUAGACUCAUAUUACUGUGAAGGAAGAGGUGGCAGAGACGGGGAGUAACUUCCCACAGACACAGUCUCUCAGUGAGGGGCCAAGCCAGGAUGCUCUUAAUCCCAAACUCAUACCUCUGAGAGUGCUCCGCGGAUCGGCAGCCUUCACGUCACCAGGGAGGGUGUUAGACAUCCAGAAUCUCAGUCUGCACUUUCACAAGAUUCCCCAGUGAUUUGUUUGCACAUUCAACUUCGAGACAUGCCAGGAGCCUCUGUUCGACCUGAAAAGGAAACACAGUAGGGACAGCACUGUAUAUUUGUGUCUCUGCAGCACUGCCAUGGGUGAGGGGAGAGAUUUAUGUGCCCAGGCGGGAGAGUCGGAAGGUGUUUCACCCUCACAGUAAGAAAGGCAUCUCUGAUGGCCACAGCUGUCCCUGUCAGGCAAGAGUGGCUUGGGGAGAAUUCAACACCCCAUCACCGGAAAAGGGCUGUAAAUGCUGAUGACAUCUUUGCUAAAAGAGGGAUGGAUUCUGCUGUCAAAAGGGCCUGAACUACACUUUUUGAGAUGCCAGGUUGCAUGUGGGGCUCCAGUAUUCCAAUGCCAUGGAACCAAAGUCUAAACAAGGGGCGGCCACAUGAGUGAAACAUGCACAUAAAAGAGGAGGUCUAGGCAAAACCCAAAUUCUAUACAUGUGGAAAAGCAUUCUGGCCCAGAUGAUACCGUAGUGUUCACUACAACUGUCUUGUGUGGACCUUCCACACCAUUCAGCUAUAAAGUCUGAGGUGAGCAGAGAAAGUUGGGGCCACACCACCAGAGCCUGUCACCACCUGCUUAUGAGUCCUCAGUAUCCCCAUGGCAGAACCAUCUGAGCAGAGAGCUCCUCUGGCACACUGGGGGAGUGAGGAUAGCUGACUCUGGUGGAGGGCCUCUCCAUCACCUGCCGGCCUCAGAAAGGAUGCCCAAGCCUGUGUGGGCUUUACAGUCACCCAAGCACUAGUUAAAACAAGACAGUCUGGGCCUGACUUCCAGUUCAGCUCAUCAGACUCUCAAAGUGUGGGGAAGGGGCAGAGCUUCCCCACAGACUCACAGUCUCUGACACCCAGGCUCAAUACCCACCAUCCAGAGCAGAGUUCCUGCACCUGGGCCCAACACACCUGGCCAGAUGCUGCACAGGCCCAGGGUCCCCCAGUGGAGACCCUUCAGUGGCCAGAUGAGGGCCUGGUUUGCCUGUGGGCAAGGAGAAUGCAGAGGCAUUCCUCCUCCAAGUGGAAAGCCAUGGAUGGGCAAAGGCCCAACCAGGCUCUGGGACUGCCCAGUGUGGCCACCAGCCCUGCUCAGAGCCAGGCCAGGCACUCCCUGAAGCUCCAAAGGAGGCUGUGGACUGCACUUCCACAGAAGGGAGCAGACGGCAUCAUGACUUGCAGGCUGGUGAGGCUAUUGCCCGCACACACAGACACACUGGAGGGUGAAGGAGCUAUAUCUGUCACCCUCCCCAAGCAGAGCCACCUCCCUGGUUCAUCGUUUGUCCAAACACAGUUUAGAUUUUAAGCCUUUUUUACUCAUCCAGCAUUUCUCUCAAGCUUCAACUUAUUCUGGUCACUGCCACACUGACACCACUUUUCCAGGUCUUCCAUGCUGUUGGUCCUCCUCUGGGGUCCAGCCCUGAUUCCCAUCUCUUAUUCCCAUCCUUCCCAGACUCCUAGGCAGCCCUUGUUCUCUUCAGAGCCUGUUGUCUCUUUCAUGAUAAUAUCUCUAGAGUGGCAUUGUUGGGGCCUCAUCCUCUCUGCUAUAGCCAGUCCUGUAUUUCCCUCUGAAUCCAGAAAAUUUUAGGCUAAUGUGCUCUUCUUUCAUGCUUACAUACUCCAGAUUACCUUGCCAAUCUCACCUGGCUUUCCUGUAUGUUCACCACCCCAUUCUUCCCUACUGCUCAAGAUUGAAUGUGUCAGCAACCCAGGUCCAGAAUUAAUCAAAUGGUCUGUUUCUUGCAGAGAUUCCCAACCAGUAAGUGGAGACCGUCUCUGCUCAUCCUUGCAGUGGUGGCCUGGCAUAUACCUGUGUUAGGGGUAUGUCCAGGGGCCCACCGGCCAACCAGGUGAUCCACAGCACAGAGCAAUGUGAUUUCAGUGGGCCUCCCUGUCCAUCCUGACACACACACAUGACCACAUCUCUGUGGCCAAGUUCAUUGAUUUCCCAGAGGGUGGAAACCUUCUCACCAAUGUUCAACAUUGCUAACCACUCAGGAAAUGCAGAUCAUAACCACAAUGAGGUAUUGCCUCACAGCCAGUAGGAUGGCUACUAUUUAAAAAACACACACACAGAGAAAACAAGUGUUGGCAAGGAUGUGAAGAAAUUGGAACCCUUGUGCAUUACUGGUCAGAAUGUAAAAUGAUGCAGUUGCUGCGAAAACACAGUAUGGUGUUUACUCAAAAAGUGAAACAUAGAAUUACUAUAUGAUUCAGAAAUUCCGAUCCUAGGUAAACAUACAGAAGAAUUGAAAACAGGAACUCCAAAAAGAUAUUUGUACACCCAUGUUUAUAGCUCAUUAUUCACAAUAGCCAAAUUGUAGGAAAAAUCCAAAUAUGCAUUGACAGAUGAAUGGACAAAAAUGUGGUCUAUACAUGGACUAUAGUUUAGCCUUAAAAAGGAAGGAAUUCUGACACAUGCUACAAGAUGGAUGGACCUUGAGGACAUUAUUCUGAGUGCAAAAAGCCAUUUGUCAAAAAGGACAAAUGCUACACGAUUCUACUUUUAUGAGGCACCUGAAUAGUCAAAUUCAUGGAGACAGAAAGGAGAGUGGUAGCCAGGGACUAGGAGGAGGGGAGGCUGCUGUUUAAUGGAUGCAGAAUUCCAGCUGGGGAAGAACAAAAUGGUCUGGAGACGGACAGCAGUGAAUGUAUUUAAUGUACCCCUAAUAAUGGUUAGAAUGUCUAUUUUGCCAUAAUUUAAAAACCAGAACCAAAAGAAAAGCCUUUGACCAGCACAAACAUCCUGUCUAACCUGAGGCCCAGAGCAGGGUUACUUUCAAAGGGACCAGUGCCCCGCUGGGUGGACGAGAACAGACUGGGCUCUACCUUCUGGAGACAGGGCACAGGGGAGGAGGAUUUGGGGCUGAGGGCCACGUGUGAGGGGGGUGGCCUGCUCAGAUCCACACUCUCAUGAUGGCAGAGCAGCUACCUCUGGCUCCACACAAAAGAUGGGGAAGCAGCAGCUCUGGGGCCCUGCCUCCCAAACCAGGUCCUCCCCUUACUGGAUCACGAUGCCUGCUUCCUGGUGACCCAUGCCGCAGUCCUGGCACUGUCCCCACUGCCCCCAAUCUCUUGCCUCCAAUUCCAUCAGACCCAAAACCUAUCAAUUUCACCUCCAGGUACCUCUCAAUGCAUCAUUCACCACCACCCCAGCAUCCCUCCCCCUGUUUGCUGAUGGGCCCCUCACUGCCCCCACCCACAAUGUGACCCCCUUCCAAACCACUGCGCCCCAUCGGGGACCCACACCCUGACUCUCCAGAAUGUUCUGGGGCUUCUGGCUCAACUCAGCAAAGAGGCUCCAGAAGAGGACGUGCAACGCUGCCAAACACUGAGACCUCCGUCGUCCAGGGCCUCACAGCCUGCCUGUUCCUGCAGCCCACUCAGACUCCAGCUGGUCUGAGCUUCCUCGGGUUGACCAAGUGGGUCACUUCCAGCCCUUUGGACAUUUUUGACCCCCUAAAGGAAGGAACUGGGGUCUGUGUCCCCUCACCCCCUGGUCUGUGCACAACACAAUGGAGGCAAGUGUGCGAAUCCAAGGCCUGGUCAGAAAGCCGCACGCCACCUCCAGCUGUCUCCCAGAACGCAAGCUCCCCAAGUCCAGGGCCACUGUGGAGCAGUUCACAUACCCUGAGUCACUCUGCUGCAAAGAAGCCAACUCCGGUCCAUGUGGGGAUGGCCAGGAAAGGCCACGAGAUGAUAGAAAAAGAGAGGGAGAGACACUGGCCCUUCUGUCCUUCUCCUUUCUCUGGCUGCCUGAACCAGAACCACCUCAUCAAGCCCUUCCCAGACUCCUUACCCACAGAAGCGUGGGAGAGACUAGAGUGUUUGCUGUUGUGUUUUUUUGGUUUGUUAUUGAAAUAUACUUGACAUACAAUAUAUUAUUUCAGGUAUACAACAUAGUAACUUGACAAUUAUAUGUUUAUUAUGAAAUGCUUGCCACAAUAAGGUUAGUUCCCAUCUGACACCAUAUCAAGCUAUUACAACAAUAUUGACCAUAUUCCCUAUGCUGUACUUUCCAGCCCCAUGACUUACUUACUUUGCAGUUGGAAAUUUGUACCUCUUUAUCUCCUUCACAUAUUUCACUCACCCCCAUGCCCUCCCCAACUUCUGGCAACC